CAGCACUUAAGCCUUUUUAGAAUGAUGCGUAACGAAUCCCAGCCGCGCGCAGUCAGUCCCCGGGCGGCCAUCUUGGUGUCAACGCGUUUCUCGUUAUUAUAUUAACGUUAUUAACCGGUUAUUUAACGAAAAUGAGUGACUCCGGUAGACGCGGGAAGAAUAUGAUUUGGGAAUACUUUGAUAAAGUGGACGAUGAGAAUAAGGAGGCUGAAUGCAAAUUGUGUCAUAACAUGUUUAAUUAUAGGUCGACAUCGCAUAACCUCAAAAAUCAUUUAAAGCAUAAGCAUAACGAUGUGUUUAUGACUAUACCGAUAACUGAGACACCAGGGAGGCUUACGAAAAUUAGGAAGAAUAGGUCCUCUGUAUGGGAAUAUUUUGAGGUGUUCGACAAUGAGAAGAAAAUCGCGAGCUGCAACGAGUGCCAGCGCACCAUCUCAUACAAGACCACCACCGCCAACCUGAAGACGCAUCUCCGACGGGUCCACGAGCAGCUGUACGCCGAGAUGGAGGGGGAGGGGGAGGAGAAAGAACUGUUUCUUGAGGAAGAUGGGGACGAAUCAGACGCGCAAGAUGACGUGUGGAGUUUCUUCGAGCGCGCGGGUGGCGAGGCGCGCUGCGCGGUAUGCCGCGCCAUGGUACCCAUCUCCGCGCUGCGCAGUCACUUGAGGAAUAAUCACCCUAAGCUAGUGGAUAUUGUGGAAUCAGAGGAGGAGACAGCAACGAACAACGUCCAAGAAGACGUUUACACCGAAGUUGUAUAUCUUGAGCACGAUGAGAGCCCUAAAAGAGCCCCAAAACCCGUCGAAAAACCAAGAAAACCGAAGCAAUACGUAGAAAAAAGCACCAAAAAACGAAGAAUAAGCUCUUCUUCCGACGAAGAGCCUUUAAAAUACAAGAAAAAAAGAAACGACGAUGAAAUAGAACAAUUUGGAAAAUACAUAACAUGCUUACUGAAAAAAAUACCUCAAGAUACAAGCAUGGAGUUACAGAUGGAAAUUGUGAAUUUAAUAAUGAAGAAGCAGUUGGAGCAAAGGAGAAACGAAACGCCAGUUUUGGCGGCAAAGGAAAGCAAGAUGGCCGUCGCGACUGCCGAUGGCGGGUGUCAGUGUGAGAUUAAAAUACGUGAUGAUAAGAGUAUGAGCAAUGGAUAUUCAUAUAGUAUUGAGAAAAUUGUUAAUGAUGAAACGGUGGUGCAGAGUAACAUAUAAAAACUAUAAUAUUAAUAUA